GAAAAGGACUGCAGAGGACCUCAAGCAGAUGCAAACAAAGAAUUACUCCCACUUGAGGCGGAUGCUGAGUGGGCGGCUGGUCCGGCGGCUGGUCUCCAUGGCCGGCCGCGUCUGUCUGUCCCGGGGCAGCGCUGGAUCGGCGACCGUCGGUCCGGUGGAAGCCGCCAUUCGUGCGAAGUUGGAGCAGGCGUUGAACCCCGAGGUACUGGAGCUGCGCAACGAGAGCGGCGGCCACGCGGUCCCACCAGGCAGCGAGACACAUUUCCGCGUGGCCGUGGUGAGCGCUCGCUUCGAGGGACUAAGUCCUUUGCAGCGGCACCGGCUGGUCCACGACGCGCUGUCGGAGGAGCUGGCGGGGCCGGUGCACGCGCUAGCCAUCCAGGCGCGGACCCCAGCCCAGUGGAGGGAGAAUCCUCAACUGGACGCGAGCCCCCCUUGUCUGGGUGGAAGUAAGAAAACUCGAGAAACCCCCUGAACCCCCAAGGAGGGGGAGGAUUAGGAUCUGAAUGGGCUGGGGGAGAAUAAACGAUGCACUCUGGGCUUUAUAAGGGGCGAGGACUCCUGAGCCCCAUUCUACUGGCACAUAACGUAUUUUCCGGAGAUAGCAGCUCAUUUCAGGCCAAAGCUAACCCGGGGAAAGGACAGAAUCACUGUUGCUCUUGCCCUGGAUUAUUCUCAAGACGCUGCUCAGUUGUUAAAUGUGACCGAGGAAGACCUGAUGAGUUGGGAACAGUCCCGUGCAUUAAAACAGAGACUGUCA